AUGUAUAUCCCAAAAAAGUACGCAGAAGACGACUGGGACCAGGCCCAGGCCCUCAUCAAGCACUACCCGUUGGCCACGGUGGUGUCCUCGGACUUACAAGCAAACCAUUUCCCUUUCCAUUUGGAACAUAGAGACGGUAAGGACUAUCUCAUUGCCCACAUUGCUCGUGCUAAUCCUCAGCGGCCACAGUUAGAAUCGGGAGAACCGGUAUUGGUGAUUUUCAAGAGUGACGACGCCUAUAUCACCCCGCUGUAUUACCCUUCGAAAAAGGAGACUCACAAAGUGGUACCCACCUGGUGCUUUGGUGCCGUCCACAUUAAGGGUAUUCCCAAAGUGAUUGAUCUGGAGGAAUUCUUAAGCCAUGCUCUUGAAAGUUUAACCAACCAGGAAGAACACGACCGCCAAGUGCCGUGGAAAGUGAGUGAUGCUCCGGAGUCAUACACCAAGAUCAUGAAGAAAGCGAUCAUCGGGCUUGAGAUCGAGAUUUCUAGCUGGGAAGCCAAAUUCAAGUUUGACCAGGACCGCCGGCCCGCUGACGUCGAAGGGGUGGUAGAGGGGCUUAAACAGGAUGACAAGCAGCCAAUGCUGGAGCUCGUGCAACAGACGUACACCCGCAAAGUGGAGAGAGCGGCGAAAGAGGCAAAAUAA